ACAGUGGUAGUGGUGGCGACGGCAACGCUGGUGGGGAACGUAACGGAGGCGGUGGUGGUGGUGGUUUUGCCGUUGGUGGUGGCGAAGUCGCGGAGAAGGAGGAGAGGCCACCGGCUUCAGAGACUGUCGAGCCGACGGCCGCGUUUGACGUCGCAUCCCUCGUACUCUACGGCUCGCGCGCACUGCCGAUACGCCUUAAGAUCUUGCUCGAUCAGUUGUUCAACCAGUUGCCCCCCGCGCAAGUGACACGUCUCUUAGCUGCCUUCGGUUGGACCCACGAGGAUUACACGCGAGGAUACAUACUGCAGGACUCGCAGAACGGCCCGGUGCUGGACCGAUGGAGUAUCUGCUCGGCUGAGGAGGAGCCGCUGGUCCUGCAGCAGUUCCUCAGAUUCGCCGAGACGCGUCCGUUUGUGCAGCAGCUGCUGCUGGCCGCCGGAACGCCGGGUACGGAUGCUAUGUCACCAAGCAGACGACCUUCGCCACCGACGAUGCCACUAGCACACUUACCACCGCCGUUGCAUAUGCUCCACUGCGGCCUACCACCGCCGGGCUCCCGGUUGCCACCCCCGUUGCCACCUCCGCCGCCGCCGCCGCCGCCGCCGCCACCGCCGCCGCCGCCGCCGCCGCCGCCGCCGCCAUCGUCGAUCUCGCACCCGUCGAUGUCGCCGACGGCGCCGAAGCACUAUUCCUCGGCGACGAGCGGCAAUCCCGCCGGCAUCACCAGCCGGGCGAACUCACCACCGCGCAGCUUGGACUCGCACUUAACGGUGUCGCCGUUGAACCGGCUGCAGAGCAUGCAACCGUUCGACUUCCGGAAGCUCGGCACCCUCGGCUUGCCGACGUUUCCGCCGUUACCGCCGCCGCCACCGUCUGCGGAGCAGCUUCUGCAGAGCCGCAAGUCCAUGAGGAACCCCCAAAGCCCGCACAGUCCGCCGCACCACUCAUCCGCGGCGUCGCAGCUGCACAGGCCGCAUAUGCCGGUCGCGCCGGUCUCCACGUCGGCCUUGACCUUCGGACACCCGCUGUCGGUGGCGGUGUCGUCCAGCGCGUUACCGCCGAGCUUCCCCACGCACUUCCCACCACCCCCGUUAGGCAAAUCACCUGGCGGCGGGGUCUGCGGUGGCAUCAGCGCUGGCCUGACCGUACCGGUGGAUGUGCACAGCGGCGGCGAGAGGAGCAGCGAGUUCGGCUCGGAAGAAGACGAGGACGACGACGAGAACUCUGACAGCGUGCUGAACCUCAGCAGACGGGACUCGUUGUCGAAGCACGGCGGCAUAGGCGACCGGCACCCGCCGUUAUCGUUGCAAGCGGCACCGUUGGGCAGGCCACCUGGUAUCCCAGGUAGGAAACCUCAUUCGCCGGGCAAGCGACCGGGCGGCCAAUGGGGCGCGGCCGCGAACUUGCCGCCGAACCUCGGCACCCCCUUCAUCAACCCCACUACCGGCAAGAAGCGGGUGCAGUGCAACGUAUGCCUGAAGACCUUCUGCGACAAGGGCGCGCUCAAGAUCCACUUCAGCGCGGUGCACCUGCGCGAGAUGCACCAGUGCACCGUGAAGGGCUGCAGCAUGAUGUUCAGCUCGCGCAGGUCGCGCAAUCGCCACAGCGCCAACCCGAACCCGAAGUUACACUCACCGCACCUGCGCCGCAAGAUCUCGCCGCACGACGGCCGCUCGUCGAUGGCGCACGCCCUGGUGCUGCCGCCGCAGGUAGGACUCCCGGUGCCAGCCACCGGCUUGAAUCACCUGCCGUUCGGCUCGUUUCCGUUGCUCACUCCGCCGCCGGACCUCCGUUCGCCGGCCUCCCUGUGCGCGUUGGACUUCAAGCACUUGGACCUGUCGUCCACUCCGGGCCCGGGCAGACCGUACGACGAGGCGUUGCAGCAGCGGAUGUCGGCGAACGUCAGUCUGUCGACGACCACCGGCUCGACGACGAUACCGGUGGCGGCGUUGUCGACCGCGGCGGCGGCAGCCACCACCACGACCACGACGGCGAGAGGCUCGUAUUCGGGCGGCGGUGUCGGAGGCGGCAGUGGCGGCGGCGGCGGCGGCGGCGGCGGCGGUGGCGGUACUGCUCUGGGUGCCGUUUCGCCGUCUACCCAAGCGUCGUCGAUGAUACCGGAGGGUGAAGAGGACGAUGACGACGACGACGGUGGGAUUGUGGUGGUCGCGGAGGACGAGAUCAGCAAUUUGCCGUCCAGGUUGCCGUUGCGUGUCGGAAACGACGACGACGAGCAGCCGGCGGACUUCAGUCUAGCGAAACGGCCGAAGCUCUACUUCGGCGACACCGCCGACGAAGACCUCGUCAGCAAUCCCGACAGUAACGAAGACAAUGACUCGAUGGGCACGCUCGAUCAGCAGCCUUUCUCCGUGAGCCAACUGUCGCUCAACUCGAGUUCCUUCCAUAGCCGGGGCGUGCGCAAGAGGAAGUCUCAGCACCCCACCAGAUGCGCCGUGCCGGCCGAGGUGCACUCCUCGUCCACCGACGGCGACUCCUCGAACGACGAAGAGCAACGGAUCCAACGGCGGUGUCUGUCGGACAGCGUCGGCGCGACGCCGAUGACGUCCGACUUUCAGAACCAGCCGGAGGACAUGUCGAUGUCCAGGCUCGAGGCUGAAGAACGAAAGAUACUGCCUGGCUCGCCGAGGAACCUCAGGGGCGGUUACCAGGAUCGCGAGUCGGACUCCCGCUCCCCGGACACCGACAACAGGGAGCGCGAUAUGGCAACCGCCGGCGGCCGACGCGACACCCUCUCCUCCCAGGACAACGCGGAGGAUCUACCUCAAGAUGAGCCGCGGGACUUGAGCUCGAGGGCGAGUAGCGUAAAAUCGCCGAAACGACAGAUCAGCCCGGAACCAAAGAGCGAGAACGCGACGUCGUCGACCGGCAUGCCGAGCGCGGCAGCGACGACGACGACGGCGGCGGCGGCGGCGGCGGCGGCGGCGGCGGUAGUGGCGGCGAAGGAUCCCGACGUAGUCGCAACCUCGUCGGAACAGAGAGAUCGGCGACCGAGCUCGGAGAGCUCGGAGGGUGAAACGACGAGGUUGAAGGAAGAGAGGAGUGCAAAGAGAGAGUUCAGCGAGACGACGACGGCGACGACGACGACGACAACGACGAUGAAUACAACGAUGACAACGACGACGACGACGACGACGACGACGACGAUGACGACGACGACGAUGACGACGGAGAAGGAGAAGGCGGCGAACGCCGCCGACGAGGAGAACCAGAAGGACGAGGAGGACGACGAUGAUGAGCCCAUGGAGGAGGUCGAGGAGGAGGAUGAUGAUGAUGAGGAGGAGGUGGACGACGCGCUGCGCAAUCAGGAAGGUGAGCGUCCCGAUGAUCCCCCCCGUGCCCCGAGCUCGGUCGACAGCCGUCCGACGACAGCCGACGACCUCUCCCACGACUCCUCGACCAACACUUUGCGUCAACUCGAGUCCUUGUCGCAGGGUCAAUGCGCGAUGCCGUACGCCGAGACGCAGCUGGUGGCUUCGAGGUCUGGCCGCGGCUCUACCAGCCCUAUCAGCCUCACGACCCACCAGGAGACCACCAUGGACAACUCCUCACAUGGCUCUCGUUCAUCCAGCGCCUCACCCUCCACAGCGGCCAUGGAUACGGACAAUAGCCUGAUCACGUACGCGCGCUACGAGAACGGCGGCUUCGUCAGCACCCAGGAGGUGCCGCUAGACCGUGACAACCCGCGUCGCUGCACCGCCUGCGGCAAGGUCUUUCAGAAUCACUUUGGCGUCAAGACCCACUACCAGAACGUCCAUCUCAAGCUGAUGCACCGCUGCAGCGUGGACGGCUGCAACGCGGCCUUCCCGUCGAAGCGCUCCCGCGACCGCCACUCGGCGAAUCUCAAUCUCCACCGGAAGCUCUUGUCGACCUCGUCGAGCCCGCCGCUCUCGUCCAGCCUGCCGUCGAGCCUGUCGCCGCGCAUCGACGACCCGCAGAUGAACCCGCUGCUGCACAACGAGUUCCUGGCAAGACUCUACGCGGACGCUGGGAUUGGCGCGCUGGGUACUUACCCCUUGGCUUGCCAACCUGGCUUGCCGACAGCGGUGGACUUGGCGGCGAGGAUACCACCACCGCAUCCGCUAUUGUUACCGCCGCAUCUCGGUGCCACGUUCCCGGGUCUCACGUCGUUCGCUUCUCACUUGGCCGGCUUGAACGGUUUCGCCCACCAGCACCUCAAUCACCUGACGAAACUCAGCCAGGAGCAGAGCAGCAGGCACCAAGCGUCCAUCUCGGGUUCGCCCGUGUCUUCGCCAGGCUCGGACGACCGCAAGCUGGAGGAGGCUCGUUGCACCAUACCCGGUUGCGAGCGCGUUUUCGGCUCCAGAGCAGUGCGGGACGCGCAUUCCAGGGACCCACAGGCUCACCGCGACCUGCCGAUCCUAUCCAGCAGCAGCGGCUCGUGACCGAUCUCUUCGUUCUGCGGCCGCGGACACGACUAUUAUCCCCUACUGUGAUGCCAAAAUCCUAAACGGCGCGACGGUCGCCGAUGAUCUCGCACAUUUCAUCAGGCUCGGCGGGCCAGGACGGCGGCGGUCCUCGUGAACGCGCGGGAGGCAGCCCCCCGGUGCAGCUACACGAGACGUUCGACGGACUGCUGCGUGUGUCGAAGGAGGAGAAGAGAGAAGCAAGAGGAAUAAGAACAGGAAGAAACGUGCAAUAUCUCGAGCGGAGUGCGCGCGCUACGAUCAUCUAUCAUCCGCGUGACGAGCGCGACUCCCGAGAGUGUGUGGUUCCACGUGUAAUCCGAGGUCGCCCGUGGAACGCCCGCCCGUGGAACAGCAAGCCAGCUCCAGUGUGGUAAUAUCAUCCCCGCCUGCCAGUUCUUUCCAUUUCUCGCAUUCAUUCGUCAGGAAUCGCAAGCCGCGACUCGUUGGGCUAAUCUAGUCAAUUUGGAAAUCUCGGUUCGCGCGCUGUCGGCAGCGAAGGCGGAUAGAGUCGCGCGCGUUCAGUCGCGUUCGCUCACGACGCGGUGCGACGCACGUGCGACGCGAAAACACCGGGCUACGUCGAGGGGAGUCCACGCGACGGGAACGCAAUUCGCCGAGAGUUCGAAGGGGAGGGAGAGGGGGGAGAGAGGGGGAGAGAGA